CCAACAUCAUCACCAAUAUUCUCCUCUUCUGCAUAUCUAAAUUGUACGCAAUUGGACCAGAAAGAUUGCUGGUUUCACUUUCACACCGGACUCUUGUGGUCCUCAUUGAAUAGCCGCCAUGUUCAAUCCUAGAAAGCGCCCGCGCGACGAGCGCAAUGAGGAGUUUAUACGAUAUGUUCGGCAGGAAUCGCAACCGGGACUUGACGGAAACGACAUUGUGACCAGGUUUAUUAGCCCUGCUGUCACGGCCAGAUGGUGGAGGAAAGGUGGCCAGCAAAGAUUAUCUCGAGCGAUCGAUCGCAACAUCCACGCUCUUCCCACGACGAUUGAGAGUGGCUACUUGAACAUCUUCUCCAUUUUGGUGUACAUCGGGAGGACAUACCUCAUCAACAACUUCACUUCCAAUGGUUAUCAGGACCAGCGACUACCUUUACUCAAUGCGCAAUGUUUCGGCGAUGAUCCUGCACUUGUCGACGACAUGAAGGAGUUUUGCGAGAACCAAUGGAUGUUCUGUCCUCUGAUAUUCUCGAGACACACACCCAUGGAUAAGCGAUACAUCGAUCCUCGGCAAAUAUUGCCUAUCAAAACAACUUUCACGAUAACGACUGAUUCAAACCACUCCAAAUCAAUCAUUAGGGUUGUGACCUUGUACCCUGAAUGCUUCGAUCAUGAAUGGAGUUCAACUGGUACUGUCGUCUUUAAAGAAUACCGCACACGGGAACGAGAAAGUUUGCGAGAUGCAUGGAUCAAGGAAUACAAUGCAUUCGCCGCGAUCGAGUCUUGCGAUUACAUUGUUAAAUACCUUGGUUCAUUUGAACAGAACAAUCGCUGUUUCAUGAUCCUGGAGCAUGCGAGUGAAGGCAGCCUUCUCGAAUUAUUCAAGCGCAACGAAAGACCAGCCACGGAAGAAGAGCGGCGGUAUUUCUUAUACGGCUUGAUGGGUCUCACCAAAGCCAUCGACAAGAUACAAAACCUUGGAGGCGGCCCUAGGAAUCAACGAACAGGAUUUGCUCACCGGGAUAUCAAACCUGCCAACAUCUUGGUAUUCCCUGGUCAAGAUGGACGGUAUUCGGAUGGCUUCCAAAUGAAGCUUGCCGAUUUCGACACUGCGACACCCAAUCGACCAAUAGAUGAGGAUGAAUCCAGUUUCCAGGAUAAUGACGGAAACAGGACAUAUUGCUCUCCCGAAGCAACCAGGUUUUACAGAGACCAGGAGAAGGGUUUUAUGCAGGUUCCAGUAGCCUCCGAUGUUUGGUCUCUUGGAUGUGUCAUCAGCGAAGCAAUUGUCUGGGUUGCUGGCGGCACGGCUGCCCUUGAUGAAGCUGCCAACGAUCGCAGAAGAGAGAUCCUGACACACUGGCCAUUUCUUGCCGAUGGUAGCUUUGGCGAAUGUUUCCAUAACAGUUCCACAGCGCUUACUUGUGUUGUGAAAUCACAUUCAGCUGCGCUCGAUGCGCUACAAGGUCCAAUUUUCCUAUCACGAAAUGUCUGCAGUCUCGUCGAGCGUUGGAUGCUUGUGCCAUAUCGGGAAAGACAAUACCCCAUCCUUAUUUGGAAGGCCUUUGAGGGACAAUACCGGGAGCUCUUUCACCCUGCCCCCCCUUCAGGGCAUUAUAGCGCGCCUCUCUUACCUCAACCCGGCUUCCACCACACCAUGAUGCUCACUCAGUCGCCAGUGAAUAUAGCCUCAUCUAUUUUUCAGCCCGAUCAGACUCCUCAUCAACGGCCGUUCUCCCAUCCAGGACCUUCGAGGCAGGUCGGUAUGGCCACGAGUCACCCCAACAUGCACCAGCGAGGCCCUCUUGGUAUCAAUACCCGAAUGCCUUCAAACAACGGAACACCAAUUGAUCGACACAUAUCAACUCAAUGGAGCCACAGUGAUGUUCAAGCUGUAGCUGAGUUGGAAGAUAAAUCUUCUCCUGUGUCAGCGGUAUCGACCAAUGGGUUCAACCUUGGACAUUCGUUGGGUUCUCCAAACCAUCCUGGCAUCUCAUUCUCUACUCAAGAUAGUCAUCACAAUUCGGUUCCUGAUGCCAAUAGCCCGGCCAAGACCUCCGUUGACAUUCACAGACUCACUCCUCAGAAACAACAGAACGGAGCGGGCAUGUAUGGGGACCUUACUAUUGGCGAUGUUGUCAUUCACCGCAGCAACAAUGGUAAAAGGGAAGCAUUGGAAGGUUACGAACAGUUCUGCAAUCGAAUGGGGCGCCGACGCUUCGUCUUUAUAAUAGACGAUUCUGUGACGAUGCGCAACAGGGAGCGCGAGGUUCUCAGAGCGAUGGAAGUUUUGGUAUGGCUUGUCAGAAAAAUCGAUCAAACGGGUCCAGAAAUCCGCUUCGCCUCAAAACCAGACCAGAAAUACCCAAUAGAACGUCGACCUCGAUUUCUUCUGAACAUGGACAGGUUCAUCAAUCCAAUACGGAAAUGGCUCCGUGGUAACGACGCUGAAACCUUCUGCAAUAUGAAGCACUCUUUCAACCAGAUAUUCGCAGAUGCUAAUAUGGUGGAUCCCAAAAGGCCAACAAGCGUCAUCAUCUUGACGGAUGGGAUAUGGGAGGGCGGCGGCCCUAUUGAAGAGAAGGGUGUUGAAGCCUGUAUAACCAAGGUGAUCAAGCGAAUGGAAGAGAAAGGCCUUGGUGAUACCGCUUUUACCUUUCAGUUUCUGAGCUUUGGUAAUGAUCCAGAUGGUCUCCGCCGACUCAUCUAUCUGGACGACCAUGCCCUCUACGGAGGGGAUGAGCAUAACAGGAUUGAUAUCGUUGACCACAAGAGCUCUGAAUCAAAUGUAUGGGCAAUACUCACGGGGUCGGUGAGUCCAGGUAACGAUGAGGCUUCGGCGGGUCCAUCAACGGGGAGGCCGUCUUUUUCUCAGGGAGAAUGAGCGAUGAUUUAGGCGUUAUUCGGUUUUGGAGUAGCUAGAGUUAUAUGAUGAACAUUUACGAGGGGGGGCAUUUAGACUUGACUUAUAUCUUAAUACCCAUAUACUGC